AUGCGCCUGCAAUAUUUCUUCUUCUACCUCUUCGUUUCACUUGCCAAUAGCGCUUCAACCCAGACAAAAGGUCCCCCCAAAGCAUUUACUCGGCAUAUAAUCGCGAUAGGCGACUUGCACGGCGACCUCAAAGCCGCUCAGGACGUUCUCCAACUUGCAGGUGUCACUGAUGAAUCCAACAACUGGUCCGGAGAUGUGGAUAUCUUAGUUCAAACUGGAGAUAUCAUCGACAGAGGUCCCGAUGCCACCGAAAUAUUCCAACUCAUGGAAAAGCUCCGUCGUCAGGCAGAUUCGCAUUCCGGGACUGUGGUUUCGUUGCUGGGUAAUCACGAAUGGAUGAACAUCCUGGGAGACUGGAGAUACGUGCCAUCGAAAGAAAUGAAUACUGACAAGGUCAUCAAAGAGCGACAGCACUUACUCACCAAGGGCUGGCUUGGUCAAGCAUGGAAGAAUUACUACAAGUCCGCUGUCCGUCUCCCAUUGCACCCCUCUGUAGGCGAUACUUCUGGUGGCACUAGGUACUCCCCUGUUACCAGCUCUUCUGGUGCCCUCUCCCACUCUGCGAUCUCCUUCGUUCAUGGUGGACUCUCACCAACGUUUCGCUGCCUUCUCCCGUUCCCAACCCACAUAAACAGCCUGUCUGACACGCUCCUGAAACGAGCCUUCAAUCAGGAUCCACAACCCACACCUUAUCCACCGGCGCGCUCUUUUCCUCAGCUCGACGGAACUACAUCUAAUGAGUGUCAGCUCACUGCGGACGAUGGUCCUCUUUGGUACCGUGAUUGGGCCCUGAACAGCGAAAAGGAGGUGUGCGCUAAAGUCGAUGCGGUUCUCAAGAACACUGGAACUCGCAGGAUGGUCAUGGGACAUACGAUACAAGAGGUGACUGAAAUCACGGCAAGGUGCGACGGAAAGAUAUUGCUCAUUGAUACAGGUAUGUCGAGCGCAUAUAACGACGGUAAGACAGGUCUACUCUCUGCGCUUUCUAUAUACUACACACUCAGUCCAAUCGGGAGAUCUGCCAACCCGAAGACUCAGAGGUGGAAGGAGCACGAGGUUAUAAGCGCAUUCUAUGCAGACGAAGAAGAGAUCACUAUGAUUGAUGAAACGAGAGAAGUCGCUGGCGAUUUUUCUGUUUCUUGA